UCGCGACAACCGGCGGCUCAAAUUUAAGUUGGUCAUUGGUAACGUAAAAAAUUGUUCCAGAUAUGAAAAUAUGAUUAAUUAUAUCAAAAAGUGGUAGCAAUAGUCAAAAUUAACGCGUUUGAUACGGGACGGGUUUAUUUUUAACGUAACUUCAUUACACGUUUCGUCGUUACCUCACCAAAAAGCACCUUUUACUGUCAAUUGUCAAUUACUGACAAGUGACAGGCAUGAAGGGUAUUAUUUGUCUGUAGAAGUGUUUGUUGAUUGGUAUCACAACGUGUUAUCUGUUACAUCGUGAUUUACUUAUUGUGAAUCAAUUCAAAAUUGCUACAAGAUCAAUUAAAACACAAUUUUCGUAGCAAUUCAAUCAUGGCCUAAAUCGACUUUAAACAUUGUCAGCGAUGUAACCCUCAGUUGUUAACCUACAUGUUAAUUGUAAAAAACAGCGAGUUAUAAUGUAAAAAUGUACGGGAUAGUUUGUCCUCAAUGCAGAAAGACUUCAAACGGGGCCGCCAGCAGACUGGUGAGGGAUUCGUGUGGGCACGAAAAGUGCCGCAUGUGUCUUCUUCUUGACGAAGAAAAAUGCCAACAAUGUCUUAAGGAAAAAGCCCAAUGUAAAAACGACACAACAGAUUGUAAAGUCGAAACUCCAGAAUGUGGACCAGAAACUGCCGAAAAAGACCACGAACAACAAAGUGUAAUUAAAUUCGAGAGUCACACUGGGGUGAUUACUUGCAACGGAACCCCGAAAAAGUCAGAGAUCUCACAAGUUGUGCAAAAUGGAAGCGAUGAAAAGAAGUGUGAUGAAAUUAAGCCGCCACUAAUUCAAAAAAUUAAAGGAAAAAAUAAGUCGAAAACUGUUAAAAUUCCACAAACGAAGCGAGUUUAUCGUAAUAUAGUUAUUCCCAAUCAUAUCACGACUAUAAAGGAUCCUUUACAGUUUAAAUGUAACAUUUGUAAUAAACAGUUCAGCACAAAAUCGCAUAUUAAGUACCACAUUUAUUGUACUGGCCAGACAAAACCCUUCCAAUGCAAUCAGUGUUCAAGAGACUUUGUAACGAAAUCCCAUUUAGAUGUUCACAUGAUGAAACAUACAGGAACCAAACCGUUUACUUGUAAUGUUUGCCAAAAAUCCUUCCGCGAGAAAAGCAAAUUAAAGAGACAUAGUCUGUUGCAUUCUUCUGAUAAGCCCUUUAUGUGUUCAGAGUGUGGUAAAGCUUUUCGUAGUAAAGAAUCUCUCAAACUUCACACUUUGAUACAUCGAGGUGAAAAACCAUACACUUGCAGAGUGUGCAGCCUGAAUUUCAAUAACACGUCAAAUUUAAAUAAACAUUUAAUUUCACAUUCAAAUGAGAAAACCCACAUGUGUGAUCAGUGUGGCAAAACGUUUAAAUUGAAGUGGGCUUUAACGGUACAUCGCAGGUCUCACUUGCGGGUUCGUCCGUUUGAGUGCAACACUUGCUCAAGGACUUUUAUAAACAAUAAGGAUUUGCAGCGCCACCAACUUAUUCAUUUAGAAACAAAAGCUUACAACUGUAACAUUUGCAAGACCAGCUUUCGACGCAAAGAUAAUUUGUAUCGUCACGUAAAAAAUACUCAUCCCGGUACAAAAGUUGAAUCCGCCACCACUACAGUGAAGCAGCUACUUAUGAAACCGUCGACUAAACCUGUGGAUAAUCCCAACGCUAUCAAUGUUAUCACUGCCUCUCCAGCGUGUAAAUCAAAGGUGGACUCAACAGUGAAAAAACCAAACAACCGAACCGGCACUGUAAUAAACGGACCUUUGAAACUAGCUUUUAAGACCAACGAGUUUAAAAAUAGCUACAAUAUCCACAGGGACUGCGAUUACGACUUGCUACAUAAUGUGUCAAAACCGUACGACUUGGCCGAAUCCGUCAAUAUAUGCCAAAAGAUUUUGUCUCCUCACAGUCCUCCUACCCGUAGUAUAAUAAGGAAAGGGAAUGAGCCGACGUCUACAGAGAUUUGCCAGAAGAUAUUGUCACCAUAUCCAACUAGACCUCUUCACUAUGAGACUUCGUUUGAACACAAAAAACACGCGAUUAUCAAAAAUAUUAAAUUUAAACUGCCUGCUAACUAUACUAAUCUUAAGGUUAAUGAUACUUUGAAGGAUAUAUUUCCUUUGACUUCUGCCAAAAGUUCUAACGUGGACAGUGAAGCGUCCAACAAUAACAGUUACUCUGAAUUGAAAACAGUACAGAAUGCUGCCACUAGCGUUAUCGUUAACAGUAAUUUGAAUCAGAAUAGUAGUAUGCACUGGAGGAGGCGAACAUCGCAAAACCUUUGUUCCAAAAUCCUGGAGAAUUAAAGACUGUUUGGAUUUUUUCAUUUCGUUUUAAUUGCAGUUCAGUAAGUAUCCGCUGCUAUAGCGCGUUUAUACAAUUAAUUUUUUUGUAAUUAUUGUGAUUAGAUUGUGAUGUAAAAAAAAGGAAAAUUGUAUCAUUUAAAUAAAGUUGGGCUGUGUAUCAGUAUGGUAAAGGUUA